UCUCUCUGUGCUCUAUCCUCACCCCUCCUGAUCAAUUUUUCUCUCCUCUCCCUCCGCUCAGCUCUCGCUCCAUGGCGGCUGCAUAGGGCUCCCCCACGAGAUCCCGUCCAUCCCCCACGAGAUCCCAGCCGUCCUCACUAGAUCCGGGCCGGCGGCGGGGAGAGGAGACCGGCAGAGGAGCAGGUCGGCGGGGAGAAGAGGCCAGCGACUGGGAGAGGAGACGGGCGGCGGGCUUCGGCAGAGGAGCAAAGUGAAGGCCGACUGAAAGAUAUGACAGCAUGAACUGGACUUGAAGGCGGUCUAGUGUUAUUUACCAGAAUUAGUUUUAAACCCUAAAUUACCAGAAACUAGAAAUGGAGGAUGGCCUUGAGCUUAGUUUAGGCCUCUCUUUGGGUGGGUCUUCAGGGAAGUCCAAGGCAAGAGAUGUUCCCCUAGAACCUAAAGCGGAACCUCAAGUGGAAGAAAGCAGUAGCAAAGGUGUCUCACAAGCUCCUGAUGCUCCUUUUGUGCAUUACUAUCAAACAAAUGCUGAGAACCAAGAACACAGUAGCAAGCAGAGGCAUACCCCUGCUACGCCACCAUUUGGAAACUUCUGGGGACAAGGGGGUUCCUCUGCUCCUGUGGCUGAUGGAUCCAGUGAGCCAGUGACCCAUCAAUCUCGGCUUCCUGGCUAUCAAGAUGGGUGGAAUUCAAAUAAUAAUGGAAAUAAUUCUGAGGAAAACAAGCCAGUCUCGAGUAAACGGAAGUUGCUUUCAGAAGAGACAAGUUUUCAGAAGAAGCAUCACACUGCUGCUGACCAGCCCGAUGCAUUCAGUAAGAGCUCAGAUGGAGGUGUGAGAAAUGCACCAAUUUCAAUUAGCACGGAUGAUGGCUCAACCGGUGAAAAUGAGGAUGUUGCGGAAUCAGAAGCGGAAGGCUCGAACUCCUGGUUGGUUGCGCAGCGGGAAGACAGUGCUAAGGGCUCUGUUGUAAAUAGAGGAUCUGACAUAAGGAGAUCCAAUGAUGAAGCUGCAGGUGGUUUUCAAGGUAAAAGGCAACCAAGUUUUUCAGGCAGUGAAUCUAGCUCUGGGAAAUUGCCACAUGGAAAUCCUUUGUCAUUACAAGCAUCAAAUGUAGUUACGGUGCCAUAUCAAGGCCAAGCUCAGGUUUCAGCUCCUCCCAGCAUAACUAAUGCAUCAAACUUUUCUCCGGUAUGCACAGUGCAGUUGAGGCCAGCCAUAAACAAUGGACUAACUGUACAGACGACAGGGAGUGCCUCCCAGGUUGCUUUUGGUUACCCAACAGGUCAACUGCCAAUACUCGAAACAAGCUCUUCUUGGGCUUUUGGUGCUCCACCACAGGCUAUUUCUUCAUUUGCUGCAAAAGAUAAAGUUGAACGACCAGGUGCCAAGCAAGCUGAUGGUGGCAAUAAACCUCAAGAGGCUGGCGCAUCCUCCUCUGCUCAAGUGGAGGAUGAUAAGAAGGCGGAUAGGGGAUUGCCUCUUAUGGGUUCUGCUAUAAGGCCAGGCAUCGCCCCAAAUGUCAAAUUUGGAGGUUCCGGAUCAUAUCCUGAUCUUCCCUGGGUUUCGACCACUGGGACUGGACCAAACAGCAGAACCAUAUCAGGCGUAACAUACAACUUUGGCCGGAACGAAGUGAAGAUUGUAUGUGCUUGCCAUGGCACUCACAUGACACCUGAGGAGUUUCUGCGGCACGCAAGUACAGAUGCCACGGGUCAAGAUAAUAAUACGACAAUGCCUGCUUUCCCUGUUGGAAAUCAAGCAGCCUCAGCCCAAAACUAGUUCACUGAUCUGUAUACUGGUGUCAGAUAAUCCUUUCCAUGUGCUCGCUGUGCCCUUUGUGUCUAACUCCCUGUCCAUUCUAUUGCAUGGUGUUUACCUAGUAUUGAUAUUUAUUAUGCAAGUUUUAGAGGUGUGCCAUGCUGUAUCUUUGGCAUUGUCGUGAACAAAGUUUGAUGUUUUUAUAGCUUGUUAUGUAUAAAGAACGAGUUUGGAGGUUCGAUGCCUUGACUCAGCGAAGAAGUGAUUUCAGUUUGAUGUUUUCAGCAAAGAA